UCCAGAGGGGCACGGAAAUCGUGGUCCUGGGAGAAGGAGAAGGAAAAAGUCUCCUUACUAUCUAUCCCGCAUCCCCUUCUUUUCACCACUUCCUCCUAGCUCUGGUUUCAUGCUUCCCAGGCAGAAGGGCCAGGCCUGGGUCUCCCUACGGGAGUAAACUGUGUAGAUAGAGCGCCGGAGCAACAGAGAGAGAGAGAGAGAGAAGAGGAGGAGGAGGAGGAGCCCGGCGCGGCAGGACCCCCGCCCCCCUCUCUUCUCAGUGCAGGAGCUCGGGCGGGGGUGGAGAGGAAACAGCACGGGUAGCAGAGCUGGAAGGGAGGAUCGAUGCUGGGCAAGGGGCAGCGGGGUGCCCCGGACUCCUGGGGUGAGCUCCCCGAGCAACUGAGGGUCAGCGGCAGAAGCAACAGCGGGGGUCAUAGCCCUGGUAAGCAGGACCAGCUGGUACCUACUGGAUCCUUUCAGAAGAAGAGGUUGACAAGAAGGCCCGGCUACAUGAGGACCGACACCAGGCCCCGGAUAGAAUGCCUUCCGCCUACAACCCAUCCAUUAUUUAACCUGAAAGAGCUGGGCCACGGCAAGGACAGAAGGGCUGAGCUCAAGACCUCCACCAUGGCCAGACUGGGAGACUCUGAUUUGAGGAGAAAGGGUUUUAACUCUUCAAAUGGGAAUCUUGUCCUUAAGGGCAAUAGGGUCACAGGGCACAGUAAACCAGGAAAUUUCUGUCCUCAGCCAGGAUCAGAUACCGAAUUGACAGACAGUGUAACUGAUGUUAUUGAUCCCUCUGCUUCCAUUGGUUUGGACAAUUUCUCACCCUCAGGUAGAUCGGAGGCCUCCCGGGAGGUAGCCGGGGGUCUCAGAACUCAGGGCCCCACAUGCCGCAUAGUACAGAAGGAAGCAAACAGUUCCUGUGACCAAGUAAGCCACCAGCAGACCUCUUUGCCCCCUCCCAGCCCUCAAGACAUUUUUAGCUCAAGCUUUAGUUUCAUACGGCUCUCCCUCCAAUCUGCUGGGGAGCGAGGAGAGGCUGAGGGUUGCCUCCCCACAAAGGAGGGAGAACCCCCUUGUCAAAGUCCCCCUGAGGGACCAGCAGACAACACUGGUAGGAAUGAGUCUCUCACCAAGUGGGGUGGUUCUGGAGCCCGUGAGGGCCUGAGGCGUGUUUCUCAGCCCUGCAGCUGCAGGCCUGCCCAGGGCCUUGUGGGCACACCUCCAGCCCACAGCAUCCAGCCCGAGAAGGAGGUUUUUUCUUUCACAAAUACCAAUGCAGCCACCUCCUGUUCCCCGGACGCCUCCUCCAUCGUGUCUUCAGUUACUUCAGGCUACCAGAGCAGCAUCAUGGCAAGUGAUCACAGUUGGGACAUGCUGGUCAAGAAAUAUGAGCCGGUGCUGACGGACUGCCUUCUGAGUAACCGGGCUGUGUUGAAGAUAAAAUCCUUGAUGUUGAAGCUUCAGAAACUUCAGGAAAAAGCAGUUGAAGAAGAUAAUUAUGACAAAGCUGAAGAAUUAAAACAAAAAAUAGAGGGCUUGGAGAAAGAAAAGAGCAACCUAAAAUUUCAGCUUCCUUCAAGACAUCCAUCCAUUAGUUCAUUUUUGGACCAUUUUGGAGCCCAAGUCCAAUCUGCUCUGCAUUGGGCUACACAUGGGGACAGCAGUGAAGAAACCCAAACCCAGCUCAAAAUGGAGACCAACCUCGCAGGAUCUGCAGCUCAGGAAAGACUCCAGGUUUCCAUCACCAGAAGAGACUGGCUUCUUCAAGAGAAGCAGCAGUUGCAGAAGGAAAUCGAAGGCCUCCAAGCAAGAAUGUCUGUGCUAGAAGCAAAAGAUCAACAAUUAAGACGGGAUAUAGAAGAGCAAGAGAGGUUCAUCCAAUUUCAGGACUGUGAGCUGACUUCCCUGCUGGUCUCUGUGCCCCUGGGAGAACUGCAGGAGGUCAGGAAGACCUUGGAUGACACACUAGCCUUAUCCUAUCAGAUCCCAUUUAAUCUGGAACUCCCUGGAACUAUGAAGAGCCUUCAAGAGAAGGAGCAGUCACUCAGCUUGGCCAUUAAAGAAAUUACGUCAAAGGUUUGUACAAGUCAAAAACUCUGCAGCACUUUGAGGAGGAAAGUGAAUGAAAUUGAGACCCAACUACCAGCCCUGCUUGAAGCCAAAAUGCUUGCUGUUUCAGGGAAUAAUUUCUCUACAGCCAAGGAUCUCAUGGAGGAGAUUAGGUCGUUAACAUCUGAGAAAGAAGGGCUGGAGGGCCUGAUCAACAAGCUGCUAGUGCCUGUUGCCAGGAACGCCAGGAAAUUGGAGAGAAUUAAAGAAGAUUACAGCAGACUGAGACAAGAAAUAGAGCAGGGGGAGACUGCCUAUGAGAACAAUGUGAAGGAAAAUAUUGUGAAGUACAUGGAAAUACUGGAAGAUAAAUUGCACAGCUCCAGAAGUCAGCUUCUAGAGAGAGUAUGGGAAGCUGAUUUGGAAGCUUGUCAGCUUUUGAUCCAGGGCUUCCAGCUUCCAGAGGUCAGCAGCUGUGUUUUAGGAGAGGAGAUUCGGAGAGACAACUUAGAGAUGGCCAACCCUGCUCCUGCCCUUGCUGCAUCUGCCCCAAGGCCCACUUCAAAGAAUGAACAGAAGCCCUUUUGUCAGCCAGAGGAGGAGUGGCAAGCGGUCCUGUAUCCAACCAUUCAGUGCUUUGGCUGGGAACAGAAGGAGGAAUCUUACAUUAUGUCUCUAGAACUGAAAGAAAAAUGUGAAGCGAUAAGUGAAAAGUUAUUGUAUUUGGAAGAUCAACUUCAUGCUGCAAUCUAUAGCCAUGAUGAAGGUCUUGUUCAGGCUCUCAAGAGGGAGAUCCAGAUGGUGAAGGAAACUCUGCAGGCCAUGAUUGUGCAGCUCCAGCCAGCAGAGGCCGGGGAUUCCUGUGUGACAGCUGGUGUCCAGAAAAUCCGGGGUGGACAAGUGAUGGGGGAGGUGGGAGAGAAGACGGUUUUACAGUUUCAUAAAUCCCAAUUCCCAGAGAGCUGCUUUGGGUAACUGAACCCUCUUACACACUAAACUGGACACACCUCUUUGCAUUCUACUUCAUAAAUUCUCAAGGAGAAUUUAUGGAAACUGGAGCCUAAAGGUCAUUCACCAUUGAGAGAAGAUUAUUCUGUUUCUUAAAGACUGGCACAGACCACGAAAACAGGUUUCCAUGAAGCAUGUGUGCUGAUUGGAAUUGGGGAGAUUGUAAAUUAAUAUGGCAGAGAGUGAAAAAGAGAUGCUGAUUUUGAAUGGCUGCACCAUUCAUUUUGAGGGAUGCUUCAAAUAUGUUAUUAACCAUGGUUUCCCUGCUCACAAUUUUGAAAGUUUUUUUCUUUCUUUCAUAACAAUGAUGUUCAAGUGUUUUCCUUCCAGCCCUCAUUGGAGACGGGAAUCCUGAUAGACAAAUGGUUUUUCCCCCUCCCACUGACUGAAUUUUCUUGCUUUGUACCAAACUAAAAAUAUUUUCUCAUAAAAGAGAAAUCUAAACAACAGUCAAUUUUUCCUCACCUGUGCUUGGACUGCAUUUUCCUGGAGGCACAUUAUAUAACAGAGAUAAUUAACCUCAGAAUGUUGAGUAGCUUUUCAUCUUAUUUCAUCUGUGACUUACCAAUGACUCACAAGAACUUAAUACCAGAAACCUAAAACAUAUUUUUUAAACGACAGCAGCCUCUAUUGUGUAAAUGACUAAUUAUCUUUUAAAGAGAUGAUUUCUUGCUAAGCCCUUUGUUUUUUCAUGCUUUUGACUGCUUUUGCUAUAUUCUGAAACUCAACUCUAAAGUCUAUAUAUGCAUUGGAGGGAUUAGUUGAUAAUGUGAGUUGGCUUUUACAAAAGUCUUAUUUUCUUCCCUGAUCUUUUUCACUGAUUUGUCAGACAGGAAAUGGAAAUGAAAACCUAUCCAUAGAUGAUACAGUGUUCAAUAACAGCUUUUUGCAUUAUAAGCCCAGUGCUCUUCCUUUUGGCAAAAUCAAGAUAGUGUUAAACUCUUGAUAAAAUAGUUAUGUAGAAGGGAUUUCUAUCACACUGACCCACUUUGGUUAUUUUUCAUCCCCAAUCCUCUAACUGAAACAAACUGAGACCCUAAACACUGACUGUAGGACAUAUGUUAAGAAGAAAUUUUAUCUAUUGAGUAUGGUUAAAGACCAUGAGCUCCCCCAUAACUUUGAAGCUAGACAUUGUCCUGAGUUCAUAGUGGGCCUGAUGACAUUCUGAAGCAAGGAUAAUCUGCAAAUUCAUUUUAUUCUGUUUUGUUUUUAAGCAAUGGUCCUGUCUUGAUUUGGAAGCAUUAACAACAUGAAAAAACUUCUAUUUUAAUCUAGAAAAAUGACUUUACUUAAAUUAACAAUUAGCAUCUGAGAGUAGGCAAAGAGCUGAAUUUGAUUAUUUCUGCUUUUCUUCCUCCUCUUGGGAAGCUAGGUGGCACAGUGGAUAGA